UGGCGCUCGGCGGAGGGUGCGACGGUCCCGCGACUGACUGACGCCAGCGCGAGUAGCACCAAGACAGGCAGCUGUAUGAAAGAGUAGGGGGCGAGCCUUAAAGCAGCACAAAAGGUGGCUUCAAGGCCUUGGAAAUCAAGAAUCUAUGGACAACCUCGCCGGAGGAACGCUUUAAGGAGUUUUUCCAUUUAAAGCCGGACCAAAGCCAACAACUCUGGAUCCCAACACGCUAGUGUUCCUCCCUACUUACAGAGAAAACUAAGAGACAGAAAACGGACAGGUCGAGCAAGAGACUGAGAGAGAAGGAGCCGGUAGAGUAACCCACAAGCCCCCCCCCCCCCCCCCCCCCCAGCGGAGGUUCCCAUCAUGAACGUCACCUCGCUGUUCUCCUUCACCAGCCCGGCGGUGAAGCGCCUGCUGGGCUGGAAGCAGGGCGACGAGGAGGAGAAGUGGGCGGAGAAGGCGGUGGACGCGCUGGUCAAGAAGCUCAAGAAGAAGAAGGGGGCCAUGGAGGAGCUGGAGCGGGCGCUCAGCUGCCCCGGACAGGUCAGCAACUGCGUCACCAUCCCGCGCUCGCUGGACGGCCGGCUGCAGGUGUCCCACAGGAAGGGGCUGCCGCACGUCAUCUACUGCCGGGUGUGGCGCUGGCCCGACCUGCAGUCCCACCACGAGCUCAAGGCCCUGGAGUGCUGCGAGUACCCCUUCGGCUCCAAGCAGAAGGACGUGUGCAUCAACCCCUACCACUACAAGAGGGUGGACAGCCCCGUGCUGCCCCCUGUGUUGGUGCCGAGGAACAGCGAGUUCAACGCCAAGCACACCAUGCUGCCGCGCUUCCGCAACCCGCUGCAGCAGAACGAGCCGCACAUGCCCCAGAACGCCACCUUCCCCGAGUCCUUCGCCCCCCAGCAGCAGCAGCAGCAGCAGCAGCAGCCCAACCCCGUCCAGCCGUUCCCCCACUCGCCCGGGAACAGCUACCCCACCUCGCCGGGCAGCGGCAGCAGCAGCGCCACCUUCCCCCACUCCCCCAGCAGCACGGACCCCGGCAGCCCCUUCCAGAUGCCAGAAACCCCACCCCCAGCCUACAUGCCCCCAGAAGAGCAGAUGACUCAGGACUGCCCCCAGCCAAUGGACACCAACCUACUGGCUCCGAUCCUUCCUGUGGAGAGCAACAACAGGCCAGACGUCCAGCCCGUGGCCUACGAGGAGCCCAAGCACUGGUGCUCCAUCGUCUACUACGAGCUCAACAACCGCGUGGGCGAGGCCUUCCAGGCGUCCUCCACCAGCGUGCUGGUGGACGGCUUCACCGACCCCUCCAACAACCGCAACCGCUUCUGCCUCGGCCUUCUGUCCAACGUCAACCGCAACUCCACCAUCGAGAACACCCGGCGACACAUCGGCAAAGGUGUGCACCUGUACUACGUGGGCGGGGAGGUGUACGCCGAGUGCCUGAGCGACAGCAGCAUCUUCGUCCAGAGCAGGAACUGCAACUACCACCACGGCUUCCACCCCACCACCGUGUGCAAGAUCCCCAGCGGCUGCAGCCUGAAGAUCUUCAACAACCAGGAGUUUGCAGAGCUGCUGGCCCAGUCCGUCAACCACGGCUUCGAGGCUGUCUACGAGCUCACCAAGAUGUGCACCAUACGCAUGAGCUUCGUCAAGGGCUGGGGCGCAGAGUACCACCGGCAGGACGUCACAAGCACACCCUGCUGGAUAGAGAUCCACCUGCACGGGCCCCUGCAGUGGCUGGACAAGGUGCUCACCCAGAUGGGCUCGCCCCAUAACCCCAUCUCCUCCGUCUCUUAGGUCCGUCCGACACACUGCCUUAGCGAUGGCUUUUUCGAAACCCCAGCAAUUAUUAUUUUGUUUGUUUGUUUGUUUGUUUAUUUUUUUUGGUUCAAAAUAGUGGAAAAAAAAAGAUGAUCAAUUUUAGAUAGCGAUGAGAUGGUCCUUCACAGUGAUGCGCUUUAGGCUAACAUAACUCUUAGUUGAUUGGUAACGGUUGUGGUGGUUUCAACACUACUAGUGAUCAGGGCCAGCCAGGGAGUUGGGGAGGGUGGGGUGGUUUUACUUGAAGGAGGUCUGAAUUGGGCACAUUCACAGUCUGGGAGAGGGGUGGGAAGGGGGUGGGGGAGGGCGGGGGGGUAAAGAGUGUGAGGGUAAUGCAACUGGAAGAUACUUGAUCUUUGUGACCAACUGUAAUAAUUCAGACAACAUCACAACAUUUCACGCAGUGCAGGUAUCCUCCCUGAUCUAGCUCUCACAAGCUAUUGUUCCUCCAGUCAUACGUACAGCAGUGGUUCCCCCUCACAAUCCCGAUGCAGACUUAGAGACGCUACGCAUAGAACAGGGCCAUAGGGGGAAGUGUCCUUUACUCAACGAUCUCCGAGGUUCUGGGUUUACAUAACAUGAACAUAAGAACAGAUCAAAAGGUAGCAUUGAGUAGCACUCCCGAUGUUUUGAACCAUGCUGGUGUGACCACCGUCAUUAAGUAAUUCAUUGUUGUACAAAUAUUCUUAUAUUUUGGGACUCUAUUGUCCAUCGUCCCUCGUUUGGUGUAGUGUGUGGCCGUCCAUGGUUUUACCGAGUUGCAUUAUGGGAUAGUUACGCGACAUUCCAGAUCACCAAAAUCAAUCAGAAGUGAAUUAGCUAGAUCUAAAUCUGCUGCCUGACUACAGUGGUGUGGGCCUGGCGUGUACUGAAAGAUGUGUAUUAACUAAGCAGCAGGAGGUACACGGUAGUUAAUGUUUUAGAUAAUCAUGGCCAUAUUUCUGUCACACACAUUUUCUAAACACACUAGGAUGCAGAGACUAAGUGUGCGCUGUGGAUCGGGGUUUUUCAAAGUUAAAUCGGUUAAAUCCGAAUGAAUUAACGAAGAGAAGGAGUUGAUAUGACAGACAUCUAGAGGGGGGAGCAUCCAUUAGGGGGUCAUUUACAGAAUUCAUCAGUGAGUGAGGGUGGGGUCUAGCAAUACAACGACAAACAAGAAAUUAACAUUUAAAUAUCACUCCCCUUUUGUGUGUUACACUCCUGCUCAUUUUAGGAUUCAGAUUCAUUCAUCAAUAGAGUACGUGCUGUGCAGUCUGGUUUGUUUGUUUUUCUGCAAGAAAGCCUAAUAUGGUUAGUGUUCGUGUUACACAUUUAAUGCUGGAAGGGGGGGGGACGUGCCAGCAAAGCUCUCUCUCCCUCCCUCUGUCCUCAGCUCUCUAAAGUGCUGCAGCAGGACUUCAAACUUGUCCAACACAGAUUCACAUGGGGGGAAAGGGUGAUACCCUCCCUGGUUUAGCUACAUUCUCCCAUUACAUUGACUCGGCAAAAAAACUUGCUAAAAAGGAAAAAGACAGUUGUGGAGGAAACGUUUUGCCUGAGCAUCUUUUUUUCAUUUGUCCAUUGAGAAGGUAGCUAUCACUUACUGAUGCUUGUAAUAUGAUUUUUGUUUUUUAAAUAGAUAUUUUGAAUCUCGACUGUUUUAUGCUUUGAGCGUUAAUUUUUGCUAUCAAACUGUAAUAUUCUUUAUAUCUUUUUUUGUAUUUUGAAAAAAAAAUGUGUUGGUUGUUUUAUUUGUCUGCACUUUCACAAAUUGCGUCUUUUGUUUGAUUCUGUUUUUGCUCAGUCCAACUCCCAGAAAAGCAGUUUUAUUCCAUGAAUAUCAAGUCUAUACUGGAAGAUUCAAUAAACAUUUUCAUUACUUGCAA